GUGGAAUGCAAAAAGGCAGCACUAGACCAACCUAGCGGCUGGAAGGAUGUCCUUAAAGAAGCAGCAAUUUGCUUGAAUUUGGCACACCCUAACCGCGAUGUUUUCCUUAUUAUUGCGAUUAGAACCAAAUGCAUGCUCUUUGCGUGGAAUCUAUUCCACACUAUCCAGCAACCGCGGCUUAGUACAGUACUAGGAUAA